CCCCCUCCCCCCACACGCCGCCUAGCGUCGUCGUCCAUCGUGCGAGCUGGACGUUGCCAUGGAGACCGUGGUGAUCGUGGCCAUUGGGGUUCUGGCCACCGUUUUCCUGGCUUCGUUCGUGGCGCUGGUGUUAGUGUGCCGACAUCGGUACUGCCACCCACCGGACCUCCUCCACCACUUCGACUCCAAGCCCACGGUGGACCUGAUCGGUGCCAUGGAGACACAGAGCGAGCCGUCAGAGCUGGAACUGGAUGACGUGGUCAUUACCAACCCUCACAUUGAGGCCAUACUGGAGAACGAGGACUGGAUCGAGGAUGCAUCUGGCUUAGUGUCUCACUGCAUCUCCAUCCUAAAGAUAUGCCACACCCUGACGGAGAAACUCGUUGCCAUGACGAUGGGCUCCGGGGCAAAAGUCAAAGCUCCUGCCAGCCUCAACGACAUCAUCACAGUGGCCAAACGCAUCAGUCCAAGGGUUGACGACGUGGUCCGUUCCAUGUACCCGCCACUGGAUCCCAUUCUCCUGGACGCCAGGGCCACCGCUCUGCUGCUGUCGGUGAGCCACCUGGUUCUGGUGACACGGAAUGCGUGUCACAUGUCUGGCAGCAUGGACUGGAUCGACCAAUCACUGCAUGCCGCUGAGGAUCACAUGGUAGUGCUGAGGGAGGCGGCCCUGGCAUCUGAACCGGAGAGGAGUUUGCCAGAGAGAGAGCAAGCUAUAUAACUCACACACACACGCACAUACACACACACACACACACAACACCCAUUAAACACAUAA